UCGUGGGUGAACUGCAUAGCUUAUAAAUCAUUUUUAAAGUUGUUGAAGAGGAAAAAAAAAGAUACUUUUACUUUAAGGGAACUCACAUUUGGAGACAAAAAAAAAUACGACUUCAUUAAAAAGAAAAAAGUAAGCACUGGAAAGUCACUUUUAACGGAUUUACGAAAAAGCGAAAUCAAAGCAGAGCUUCUUUGUAGGCUUGCGGGAUCCCGCUUUAGAUGGAUCAACGAGCAGCUAUAUACUAGUACCAGUUCCAUGGCCAUUAAAUUAUUGGAGAGCGAUCCCCGAUUGUUCUUGCUGUACCACGAAGGUUUUCGUGCGCAGGUAAACUCUUGGCCAAGUAACCCUCUAGAUAGCAUAAUCAAGUUUAUAAAACUUCAAGAUAUUAAUAAAGUCGUUGGAGAUUUCGGGUGUGGAGAGGCCCGGCUCCAAGCCAGCGUGAGAAAUAAAGUGUAUAGCUUCGAUUUAAUUGCUGCUAACGACAAAGUCAUCACCUGCGAUAUUUCUAACGUUCCUUUGUCUAGUGCUUCGCUUGAUAUUGCCGUCUACUGUUUAGCUUUGAUGGGGACCAACUUUAUUGAUUUCCUAAUUGAAGGUCAUCGUGUUUUAAAGUUGGGUGGAACGCUGAAAGUCGCAGAGGUUGCGAGUCGAAUAACUAGUAUAAAGCGGCUUAUCUCGCUUUUUAACUUAAUUGGUUUUAAAAUUGUAGAAUUGGGCCAGCAGAAUUCGUACUUUGUAGAAUUGGAGUUUGUGAAGGCGAGAAACUGCAUGGGUAGUAGGGAAAAACUUAUGGCUUAUAGCAACGUUUUCAGGCCAUGUCUGUAUAAAAGGCGGUAGUUUGAGGGACAAACCUAUUUAUUAUUGAAAUAUUUCACAUCUUUUUGUUUGCAAAAAAUCUUUAUAAUAAUUUUUUAGUAUUUUUUAUAUUUUACAUAAAGGACUAUUUAUUGUUUGUAAAAUUCCUUUCUAUUGUCUUUUGUACCGCUCUUAAGGAUCGGUGGUAGCGCCUUCUUAUUUUACACCCAAUGUAAAAAUCCUUGUGAUUAGUGGAGGGGAAAUCUGUUUUUAUAAAAUCCAUUAGUGCUGUUAUCUGUUCCACCAGGAAAGGCGUUGUUAUACUUAAGAUUACUGAGAGGCUAUUUUGAACCUUUAAAUGUUAAUAUACUGCUAAAAGCUGUCUUACAGGGCCGGUGAAAACGAACUCUUAAUAAAAACUAAGAUAGAGCGGCGCAAGAUCCCUAUUUAUUCGAGUUCGACUUGCUUUAAAAAACAUAAACGUUUCAGCAUGCUUCUCAGUAACGGGGAAGAACAGUCUAUAGCUGCAUCUGUGUAUACCAACACGGCCUAUAGCCUAGAUUAAAUACUUAAGGCACUGAAGGACAAAGAUUGACACUUCUAAAAAAACAAGUUAAAACUUAACUUAAAGUAAUUAGGGCAUU